CCGAAUCGGUCGGUAUAAAAGUUUAAAAAACAAGAAACACUCCUAGUUUCGUCCAAAUGGAUAGCAGAUAUACUUAGUUUCCUUCAUACUCUAACCUGCUAGCACAAAAUUAGUUUACAAUUUUUCAAUAUUUAACAGAGAAGGCUUUUAGUUAGCCAGCGGGCCCUCAAUCAGAAUGCUUCUAUGCGAGGCGUUUAAAAAUUCUUCUAUCAGAAAUGCAAGCAUGGGUUUCCCGAUGAAAUUGUUGUGUUUAUUACUGGUGGUGUGUUCGGUGCAGAGUCUCCAGCUCGACAGCCAGGCCUCCACCAGGAAGCCAAGGGUGACCAAGUACAGCAAAACUACAGCCAUGCCUGGCGGAUCGACGGAGCCUGCUACCGAACGCAGUUUGAUGACAGCGACGUAUAGACUGUACGGCAGCGGCGGUGAGACCUGCAUACUUCUGACGGUUGACGCGUUGCUGGAUAUAUCCUAUGUCACUAAGCUCAACGAACGUGCAGACGCAAAUACCUUCGUUCCGAAUAACGCAAACGUGGCUGGCUUGUGUAAAGAGAGCGACCUAGAGACCUUGGUCCUGUCUUUUAAAGAGUUUGCAUUGGAAUGGACCUUUGCUAAGACACCAGGUGGCGAACGCUGGUAUGUGGACAGCAUAAGACUCACCUACAACUCGAGCGCAAGGAUUCUUGAACACGCAGCGAAACAGGGAAGACGGGUGACCUUGACAACUGGACCUAGAGCACUAUUAUUUCCUACCCCUGUUGGCAAGUCCUACGCUUGCCCUGACGAAACUGUUGUUGAUAUCCUGGAGGAAGAACCGAGCAACCCAACACUAGCUCACCGCGCGAAGCUAUACCUCCGUCAGAUGCGCUUACAACCCUUCAUGUUCAAACGCGACGGAGUGUUCGGCCCCCCAUGGCACUGCUCCGACUCCAAUCGGGCCCGCUCGGAAACCGCCCCCGUCGCGGUGGGGGCAGCACUGGCGAUCGCGACUGCGAUCACACUAGUCGGUUACGCGAUCUGGCGUUAUUUGAAAGUGAAAAAAGUGCAAUACGACACGAUGGAAUGAAAGAGUUAAAUGCGUUCUGAACAUAUUAUUUUAGAUAUUAGAUAGAAGCAGGCGUUACUUUGCGAAAUUC